AUGGAUGGAGAAGAUGGGCGUCAGAAAAACAGACAUACAGACAGAGGGGGGCUGGCGGAGCUCCCCCGCCCUCCUCUGAGCGCACAGGACCUUGAACUGCAGCCUGUGAGUGUGGGUCCGGAUUGGCACAGAUCUUCCAGAGAGGGAGCUCUUUCUCUGCAGUCUAAGGCUUCACAGGCCACAGACACCGCCCCCCUCCAACCUCCCAAGUGUCACAACUGCCGGAGCAGAGGGAGCGCCUUCUCCAGCCCAGAAGGCCCGCUCCCUCACACACUUCGGAACCCCCCUCCCCAAACUUCUGAGGUCACCCCACCCCCGAGUCCCAUGUCCCAGCUCUUCCACUUCAGAGACUUUUCUCUCAGAGCGGGAGACCCUCCCACCUCAGUGGUCCCUCGCGGCUCCCGGGAACCGGGGCAGCCUCCUUCGGUACAGAAAGCCACCCUCUCAGAGCCGCCGCCGGCUUGCAGUGGCCGGCUCCCCGCCCCGCCCGGCCGGCCGCGCCCGCCCAACUUGCAGAGAGCCGAGAAGCUCCCGCCUGCGGCCUCCCGCAAGCAAACUUCCCGGGCCCGCGUCCACACGCAGUCCCCGCCGGCCGGGCUCCCCUCUCCCGGACCCCUAGCCCGCCGGACCGCGCCGGGCCUCACCUGGUGCCCUCCCCGCCGCGGGGGAGCUGGGGGCGGCGGCAGCGGCUCCGGGCUCGAGAAGGAAGUGAGAGCGGGAGGUUGGAGGAAGUGGGGGGGGCCGGCCGGCCAGCCGGGGCGGGGCGCGGGGGCGGGUCCGGGCGGGGCGGGGCCCGACCAGGAAGUGCGGCGGCCUGGGCCCCCAGCUCUGGUCUCACCCCCACCCCCACCGCCAGCCCUGCUCGCGGCAGGGUCCUGCCCCCACCACCCCCACCCCCACCAGACCCCAGCCCUCUGCCUCGGAGGCCCCUAA